AGACUGCAAGCUGGAUGGGCCUAGGACUUUGUUUCUCUUUGAUUGUUGGCAGGUACCUGAAUGGAAAAAGCUGAGACACUGACAAAGUUCUGUGCCUGCAAAAGAGUUUGAGUGGUUUUGAUUUUAAUUAAUUUUUUUUUUUUUCCUCUGGAACUCCUCGUUUUAAUUUAUUACUACAUUAUUUAGGAUGAUGGAUUGUUAAGACAAGCCUUUUCAUUUUACAGCCCCUUUGCUACCAAAAAUAGUUCAGCUGUAAAUACGGAACGUGGGAGUGUUUGCGUGUGAUCAGGCCCUGUCCAGUGCAGCUUCUUUUGAGCAAAGCAAUACUGGGAAAGCUGGAGGAAGAACGGCUGUAAUUGCACUGCUUGAAACAGGACCGCGUUGUAAACCCUGCCUGUACACUUGGGGAAAGCCUCUUGAGACUGCCAGGCCGGUUCAGUGCUGUGAAGUCUGCUUCACACAGGCGAAGCUGGAAACCUUAGCUGCCUUGCUUAGGGGCACAGCAAAGGGAGAAACUAAUGUUGAGAAGGACCUUUGAAUAGAAAGCUUUCUUCUACUGUUACAGCAAGUGUUACUUGCUGAGGCUAGUGACGGCCAGUUGCAGUUUUUUGUGAUUUUUGCAUGUGCUGUAUAGACUGUAUGAACCAGGCUGGGAGAAUAGGAUUGUCUUUUUCAAAUGGAAGUAUGGGAAGUGCCUGCCAAAAAUAAAACUCAAAAAGGAAGCCCUACAACCCCACUGGAGUAGAAGGCGUUUCUUUCACUGAAGCGUCAGCAGCAUACAUCCAGAGACCUGCUAGUAAUAGCGGCUGUGUCUCAUUCUACCUGUGGUUACUGCUCACGAGUGCUGCUCUGAUCCACUUGCUGUGUCUGUCGGUGGGGCUCUGCACUGCCCCCUGGUGUGCCCCAGUGGGAGGGACACUGGUUGGCAAUGUCGGCUCUUCACAGGCUGGCAGGACGGCUGUUUCAACGCAGCCCCCGCAAUGAAGGCCAGGAAACUGAUGGGGGAACCGAAUCUGUGUUUGAGGACCAAGAAGACAGUAAGAAAUGUGUGAAGGAGUUCCUCGCAAAAGCCAAAGAAGAUUUUCUGAAGAAAUGGGAGAAUCCAGCACAGAACACAGCCUCUCUGGAUCAGUUUGAGAGGUUGAAGACUCUGGGUACAGGCUCAUUCGGGAGGGUCAUGCUGGUGAAGCACAAAGAGACAGGCCAGCAUUUUGCCAUGAAGAUCCUGGAUAAACAGAAGGUGGUGAAGCUCAAACAGAUCGAACACACGCUGAACGAGAAGCGAAUCCUCCAAGCAGUCAGCUUCCCAUUCCUGGUCAGGCUGGAGGACUCCUUCAAGGAUAAUACCAAUCUGUACAUGGUGAUGGAGUACGUGCCUGGGGGGGAAAUGUUCUCACACCUCAGGAGGAUUGGUCGCUUCAGUGAGCCCCACGCCCGCUUCUAUGCUGCCCAGAUCGUCCUGACCUUCGAGUACCUUCACUCUCUCGACCUCAUCUACAGGGACCUGAAGCCAGAGAACCUGCUGAUUGACCAUCAGGGAUACAUCCAGGUAACAGAUUUUGGGUUUGCCAAGCGGGUGAAAGGCAGGACCUGGACGCUGUGUGGGACCCCAGAGUACCUUGCUCCCGAAAUCAUCCUGAGCAAGGGUUAUAACAAAGCAGUGGACUGGUGGGCCCUGGGGGUGUUGAUUUAUGAGAUGGCAGCGGGAUACCCCCCCUUCUUUGCAGACCAGCCCAUCCAGAUCUACGAGAAGAUCGUCUCUGGGAAGGUGCGGUUCCCCUCCCAUUUCAGCUCGGACCUGAAGGACCUGCUGCGGAACCUGCUGCAGGUGGACCUGACCAAGCGCUUCGGGAACCUGAAGAACGCGGUAGUCGACAUCAAGACCCACAAGUGGUUCGCAACGACCGACUGGAUCGCAAUAUACCAGAGGAAGGUGGAGGCUCCUUUCAUCCCCAAGUGCAAAGGCCCGGGUGACACCAGCAACUUCGAUGACUACGAGGAGGAAGAAAUACGAGUCUCCUUCACAGAGAAAUGUGGCAAGGAGUUUUCAGAGUUCUAGAGUCGGCCCUUGAGAGAGAGAGAGAGAGAGAGAUACCAAGAGGAGAGGCCUGCUUUGUCAGCUACAAAACUACAAGCAAACCAACGCUGUUUAUUUACUUUUUUUAAUACAUUUUGUUCAUUUUUGGUUUGGUUGGGUUUUAAAAUGAAGGACAGGGUAAAUGCCUGGCUCAGUACAGUAUAGUAACAUUUUAUUUUUUACAUUUUUAAAUGGUUUUAUCCAAUUUGACCCAUUUAAAUAGAAGAAAAUACAGUAUACAGCUUUUGAAAUAUGUUCUGUUAUUAAAAAGCUGUAGAUGUUUUUUUUUUUUUAAUAAUUAAAGGGUAACAUAGAUGGUAUUGUAAAAAGCUGAUUUUUGAAAAUGUAUUUCCUACAUUUGUAACGUGCUGUCACCAAGGUUUGCAGUUCCCCGUUGUACUUUUAAACUCUAUUUAGCAAAGACAUUUUGCACAACUAUUGAACUAGAUCAAAAUGAGGCUGUGGUGUGUGUUUUUUUUUUAUAUAUAUAAAGAGACCACACUCACUUUUUAGGUUAAUGUUAAUUUGUAACAAUAUAUUUAGACCUCUCUUCAUUGGCACAUAGAGAGAGAUGAAAAUGACCAGACCACUUUAAGGUCAGUUGGCGAGCUAGAAAACGGACUCCCUGUCUGUCGGAGCUUCAGAACUGAGGACUGGUUGGAAUGACUGAUGUAAACCGACACAAGAAACAUUUGCAGACGACCCAUUUUUGCUUAAUCUUUCUGGGAAUGGGGUAAUUGUAAAGUUGUUUUGUAGCUCUGUAGCGUAGAUUAUGUUUGUCUGCCAACCCUUCAAGAAGACCUCCUUUUCUGUUUUAUUACAGUGUUGUCUGCUUACUUUACAUCACACUGUGAAAGAAGUUUAAAAUUCCCAGGAAAGAGUCUUUCUGCAUUUGUUUUAACUAAGCUCUUCCAUGGGGGGAAAAAAAAAAUCAAAACAACAACUUUGGUUAAUUGUUACCGAAAGCUAUUGAAAAUAUAUUCAUUACCGUAAAUGUUUUCCGUUUUCGUCACACUUUCUUUAAUAUGCAUCGUAAACUCGAAUUUAAAAACCAAACGAAUGCCCUGCAUUAGUGUAGGAACAAUAACCCAUUGUGAUAUAUACUUUUAAAUGAUUUAUCUGUAUUGUGAAAGGAAUGCUGUACACCGAAUGGUACCUGAUGCAGCUCUAAUUCUUUCGAUGGUUUUUGGUGGCUGAUUUUGCCAGUUUGUACAGCUGAGGCGAAGCCAGUGAAGAUGUAUGGGUUUAUUCACGUGAUUUAUGAUCAUUGUAAUUAUUGUGAGAAUUGUAGGCCAGUUAUCUAAAACAGAAAAUGGCAUUCGCCCCUAAUAACUCCACUCUGUGAACCAGUCUGCUGAACUUUGCUGGAUUUAAAUAAUCCCUGGACAGCCAUGCUGAGCGUGUGUGGGACGAUGGUAAAAACCUCAAGCAGCAUGGGAGAGAGGAUUAUUGAAAACACAGCAAAAACACGACCGUCCACUGGCACGUUUUGAGUACUUCCACAGGGGAAUCCGUUCCAGUAUCGAUGCUGCAGGGUACAGCAUGUAAAUCCUAAAUAUCAAAAAUUGUUUCUGUUGAUAUUGCUGGAGACAGGCACAGGAAAGUAAAUUGUUCUAAACACUCCACAGUGCUAAGUAAAGCUUUCAUUUAAUUAAACACUCUAUUUAUAUAAACCUUUUGAAAUAUCUGAAGCAAGUCAUGCACCAGGCGACCAGCGCCAUCUUGUGGUUUGGAGGUGAAACUUGGCGUGUGGCUUUAAAACAAACGAAAUAUUUCAAAUUGAGGGGAUUGUUAUUUUGUGGUGAAUUUUGUAUGAAAUGUUAAAUAUCGUGUGUCCUCUACAGAGGCUAGUGUGUUUAAACUGAGGGAGUCCAGGUUGUACAGUAAUGUGGAAAUGCUUCCAGCACUGCAGUAAACUUUUGCUUUCCAAGAUCAGUGUUUAUGAAGAUGUGCACGCUGUUGGUUUGUGGUCAACAUAAUGUUUAAAUGUGCUGGCUUUGUCUCUUUGUUUUUAUUUUAUGUGUUUUUUAAAGCCAAGUGAACCGCCAAUCCUGUGGUUUUAUGAUUAUAACGGUUAUCAUCCGAGUUCUGAUUGGUGAAAGCGCACUGUCCAAUGGGAAGGCAAGAUUCCAUACCAGAUACUGUAUGUAAACUGAGACCUGAACAGCAUUCCCCUCUGAAUGAAAAACUGUCAUCUGUAGCUUAAACAAUCAAUACUAAAAGAAAGUAAACGAUUGCCAAACGUUUCGACUUGAAGGAAUUGACAAAUGCUUCUCGUCUUUGUCAUUUUAUUAGGUUUCUUAAUGAAACACUUAGAUUGUGGCUGUGACGAAUACACAUGGUGAAUCAAAACUCUGAACCUUUUUUUUUUUUCCUGCCUUUUCAUUGAAGUGUUUCUGGACCAUGUUACGCAAUACGCAGAAAUGCUGGACUUGUGUACAGAACUAUUGGGCAGUCAUUCUGAGUGCAGUUACAGGUUGGCAACAGAAACUAUAUUUGUUUUAAUUCAUCACAGAAGCUGAAUACGCAACUCGGACGCACAGAUCAAGCAGAGCUGUAACCCAGAGUGAGGCUUUCUCUCUCUCUCUCUCUCCUCUCUCUCUCUCUCUCUCUCUCUCUCUCUCUCUCUCUCUCUCUCUCUCUCUCUCUCUCCUCUCUCUCUCUUCAAGCUAGAAAAUGGUUGCCAUCUCCUUUUUUACUUUGUCAUUCAGUGUUUCACUUUUAAACAAAUACAUUUCAGUCUUAGGUCUUUUUUUAGGGAUAUGAUUUUAUUUUCUAAAUGUAUGUACAAUCACAUGAUUUCUUAUUUGUUUGAUUUCUUCCCAUGACACAUAUACAGUUAUUGGUGUGUUGUUAAACCCUCCCCUCCCCUAACACCACCACGGGAACUAAGUUUUUUUUUUUUUUAAAAAUCCUCCAUUUCUGCCUUUCACAGUCUUACAUCAUCCUUUUAUCUUCUUUUCCAUUAGAGAAUCUUAAACGACAAAGACAAAAAAAAGACAAAUACAAUUACAAAAAAAAAAAAAAAAAGUCUAAUAUUUUGCAACAUACAAGUAUCAUUCCAAUAAAGUUUUACUUGGUAAAAUUGAAAA